AUGCCCAACACGUCUGAAAUCAACGAGUCAACCGACAUAAGAUCAACCCAGGGGUUUCAUGUGUUAGUAGGAUGGAAAAUAUACUUUUUUGCAGCGCUCCCGGUCAUCAUCUACCUACUUCACCUUCGAGCAACCAGGCUCCGGGUCAUUCCAAAGGGUGUACCAUGGGUGGGUGUACGCAAUGAGUGGUUCUCAAAGACGAGAGCAAACGUUCGUGAGCUAUUUGAAUCCAAAUCAAAUAUUGAAACAGGAUACCAGAAGUAUGGCAAGCAUGGAAAACCGUACGUCACACCGAAUCUGACGUUCAAAGCCGAGGUCGUGUUGCCACCCUCGUACAUGACAUGGCUACUUGCACAGCCAGAUUCGGUCAUGUCCAUUCAAAAGGUACUUCUUGCCGACGUCGAGUUCGAAUAUACGUCCCCGCGGAGUUGGAAGUUUGUGCGACCAUUCCACGUCGAGGCCUUGAACAAGAUGAAUUUGAAUCUUAUGACCGGUGAUAUGGUUGAAGAGAUAGCAGAGUCUAUCGACGAGUGGUUCGGCAAUGUGCCUGGUGAAUGGAAAACUGUGGGUGUCCAGGCGUCCAUGUCGACCACUUUAACCCGUAUUACGAAUAGAGUCUUUGUGGGCAAGGAAGUCGCGCACAACCUUGACUACUUUUACUACUCGAUUAACUUUGUCGGCAAAAUAGGGCAAUGUGCUGCCGCAAUCUCCUACCUCAUCCCGGCUAUGCUCAAGCCCGUUCUCGGGCCCCUCGUCGCCCUGCCAGCCCGAUAUUACGACUACCGCUGCUCGCAGUACCUUGUGCCGCUAAUACGGAAGCAUUUGGACGAUGCGUCGGCAUCAAAGGACACACACCAUGAGGAACGUAACCCGGAUAUGCUGCAGCUGAUGGCGCGCUUCGCAGCCAAGAGCGAAGACUCGAUAGACCACGAUCCGCGCUCUUUAUGCGCGCGCAUCCUGGCGCUGAAUUUUGUGGGAAUUCACACGAGUACCGCGGCCGCCAUAGGUGCUCUUGUCAACAUCCUGUGCGCCGGGCCGGACGUAUUCGAAGCCUUGCGCCGCGAGGCCGCCUCAGUCUUGCGCGGCGCGGGAGGAGUCUGGAACAAGGCGGCCGUUGGCAAGCUCGCGCUCAUGGACAGUACGCUGCGCGAGUCGCUUCGAUUCAGUGCCUUCAAAGCUCGCGGCAUCGAGAGGCAGGUGGUAAAGGAGGGCGGUGUUGUUAUGCCCGAUGGCACACUUCUGCCCGAGGGCACGAAGGUCGGCAUGCCUACAACUGAGAUCCACAUGGACCCGGACUUCUACAAUGACCCUGCCGUCUUCCGUCACGACCGCUUUGUCGGCAAGGCUGAGCUCGGCAUGGUGAACACCACGGACACUUUCCUGGCAUUUGGCCACGGAAAACACGCGUGCCCUGGGCGCUUUUUCUCUACUCAUGAGCUUAAACUUCUCUUCGCACACAUCGUGCUCAAUUAUGACCUCAAGUUCAUCGACACAAGGCCCAAGUCAAUUUACCUGAGCGACUUCUGUUUCGUGCCAGAAGAGAUCUUUUUUGAGACGCGUCGCAGAGAGAGGAGCGCCCAUCUUGAUUUGGAGGAUUGA